GUUGCCUCUGGACCACUGGAGGCUGAGGCUGCUAGGCAGGAAGGAGGAGGGUCUGCGAGGUCUAGCGAGGGAAAUGAUCCCCACCCGACCUCUUGCGGGUUGAGAAGGGACCGCCCUGGGAAAGUGGCAGGUGCACCCGGCGGCAGAGGGUGCUUUGCGGUCCGACGGUGCUGCUGCGAGCUGGAUGUCCGUGCCGGAGGAUGAGGAGAUGCGUGUGCCGCUCGUGCAGCGAUGGCCCCGAGCGAGCAAGUUCCUGCUGUCGGGCUGCGCGGCGACCGUGGCCGAGCUAGCAACCUUUCCCCUUGACCUCACAAAAACUCGACUGCAAAUGCAAGGCGAGGCUGCUCUGGCUCGGUUGGGAGACAGUGCAAGAGAACCUGCCCCCUACCGGGGCAUGGUCCGCACCGCUUUAGGAAUCGUCCAAGAGGAAGGCUUCCUAAAGCUCUGGCAAGGAGUGACCCCGGCCAUUUACAGACACGUAGUGUACUCUGGAGGUCGGAUGGUCACAUAUGAACAUCUCCGAGAGGUUGUGUUUGGCAAAAGUGAGGAUAAGCAUUAUCCCCUUUGGAAGUCAGUCAUUGGAGGGAUGAUGGCUGGUGUUAUUGGCCAGUUUUUAGCCAACCCAACGGAUCUGGUGAAGGUUCAAAUGCAGAUGGAAGGAAAGCGGAAAGUGGAGGGGAAACCGCUGAGAUUUCGGGGUGUACACCAUGCGUUUGCAAAAAUCGUAGCUGAAGGUGGAAUUCGUGGGCUGUGGGCAGGCUGGGUCCCCAACAUUCAAAGAGCAGCUCUGGUGAACAUGGGAGACUUAACCACUUACGACACGGUGAAGCAUUACCUGGUAUUGAACACACCACUUGAGGAAAACAUCACCACGCAUGGUUUAUCCAGUUUGUGUUCUGGACUGGUGGCUUCUAUUCUGGGAACACCAGCGGAUGUCAUCAAAAGUCGAAUAAUGAACCAACCACGAGACAAACAAGGAAGGGGCCUUUUGUAUAAGUCGUCAAGUGACUGCUUGAUCCAGGCCGUCCAAGGAGAAGGAUUCAUGAGUCUAUAUAAAGGCUUUUUACCAUCAUGGCUGAGAAUGACCCCUUGGUCAUUGGUGUUCUGGCUUACUUAUGAAAAAAUCCGAGAGAUGAGUGGAGUCCAUCCAUUUUAAGUCCUUAAAGAUACAGUGCUCCUUGUUUUUGAAAUGUGGAUAUCGGCCGCAUAUACGCACUAUUAUUUCUACCUCUUUAGGACGACACUUUAUUCCACAGACACUGCAACAUAUAGGGGGCAGCACUUUAUUUUUUUUCUCCCCCCUCUGGAAACCCACGUUCUUUCUGACUGCUUCUGUUAAUCUAAAAGUGAUCUGGUCAGACCUCAAGCCCAUCCACUUUGACUCAGCGCUGCGUUUUCUAAAGGAGAAUGAAGGCCUGACUGCUCUCACUGGGGAGGAGGAGGACUGACUGUAGAGAUGCGUUCUGUGCCCAAGAGCCUGCGCAGAGGAGGAGCGCCUGGAGAGAGGCAGCAUCCCAGAUCUGAAGUAGACAUUAGCAAUGUGUGGCCACACAUAUGCAGUGCUUAAGAGCACAUUUAACCUGUAUGCUCAUAUUUAUCAUUGAAGUUUAGCAACUCGCUUUUUCGUUGUGGCCCAAGUGUACAUAUAAUAAAUUAAAGGAAGGUAAAUGAAAAAUCAUGAAUAAACACUUUUAGUUUACGUAGCAUUGAAGGAAAUUGUUUUCUUGCAAGAGGAAAAAGAAA